AUGAAGAAGACACAACGAGAAAGGAUAGUCGAUGAGAUAUACACGACCGAACAGAGUUAUGUGAGUUCUAUGGACCGUUGUGUUGAAUUUUAUAAGAAGCGGUUAGAGCAGAGUCCAUCAUUAAUAAGUCGAGAAGAUGUUGGGAUCAUUUUUGAACACUUUGAAGAGAUUUUAGCGAUCAACAAACAGUUUGCACGUAUUCUUGAAGACUCAUUUAAGAAGGGAGAACUUCCAUAUAAAGUGGGAGAGAUCUUCAAAAAAUUCAUUCCCUUUUUUAAGUCGUAUUUUCUGUAUAUUUCUCAUUACGAGACGUCAAAUAAAACGUUAGCAGAGUACGAGAAACGAGAUAAGUUCUACCAAACACUCGAAGAGAUUUCAUUGUUUCCAAAUACACUGGAUUUGAGAAGCUACUUGAUCAUGCCAGUCCAACGCCUUCCUCGGUAUCGCCUUCUCUUAUCUGACCUCUUAAAACACACAGAAAACACAUUUGUGGACUACACGAAUAUAUCCGACGCUGUUGAAAUGAUCAAGACCGUCACAAUGGAUGUGAACGAACGCGCAAAAGAGAUUGACAUGCGCGCGAAGGUGUUUAAAGCUUCGAAGAGUAUUCUUGGCCUUCGCGAUUUGGAUUUGAAUGACGAGCCGCGUGAGUUAGUGAAGGAGGGCGACUUAAUUAAAGUGUGUCGGAAUGGGAAUAAGCCGAGGUACUUCUAUCUCUUCAAUGAUGUAUUGAUCUAUGGUAUUGGUACUAUCAAAAUAGUUGUGAGUGGGUGGAUAUACACGCGACAUAUAACAUUAGAAGAAGAUAUUCGGUUCCAACAUGCAUUUUGUAUUAAAAAUGAUGUGAAGAGUUUUACUGUGAUAUGUGUUGAUGAUGGAGAGAAGCAGAGUUGGUUAACGACACUUCAAAGAGUGUCGGACGCCUCUCGUAAGAAGUUUGGAGGUGACAAAUUUAUCACAAAAACUGAUAUGACGAAGACCUCUGCCAAAUACUGUCCACUGUGUCAUUCCCUCUUCUCGUUGACUAAUAGAAAACAUCGCUGUGAGAAGUGUUACAAAUGGGUCUGUGGAAAUUGUUCCAAAGGAAAGAUCCCGAUGCCUCCUAAGAAUGAACUUGAAAGAGUCUGCGACGUGUGUUUCUCGCUUAUCACAGGAAAUUCAAUGAAAGAAGAACCCAAACCCGUCUCGAGAAGUCAAUCGGCGACGUGUGACGACCCACUCAAUUUCUUAGACUUCGAUCAGAAAGGGGAGAGUAAUCCAUGUACACGAAAGAGGCGAUAUUCGCAGUAUAAAAAAGAUGGGUUUCUGUCGGAGUUAGGGAUGAAAGACGUGAAAAAAGGGAAGGAAGAGAAUCUGCAAACUUUACUUGAUACGACACCACGAGACAAAAUCACUGAAAAGAAUCAACAAACCCUUUUCUUCGAUUUUGUGACGAGCGAACAAAAAGAAACAGACAAAAUUACUGAGGAAUAUUUAACAGUCAAAGCACUCGAUAAAAACAAAACAAAUGAAACACUUCCACAACUCGAUAAAAUCAUUUUUUUAACUCCUUCUAAUAAAUCAAACACUUCUAAUACUACAAUUCAAAGAACUUCUUUACCUUCAAAACAACUCUCUAAACCCCCUUCAAAAACUAUUGAUUCACAAGCUUCGAAGACUUCUAAAACUCAACAACAACAUUCCCCGCGACUGGAUACUCCUAUUGCUCUAAAACAAAAUAUUCACUUCGAGACAAGCUCAACACUCUUUGACACAAAACAAUCACAUCUACAACGACAAUCACUCCCCCUCGGAAGAUCACAAGAAUUUGCUCAACAAAUUAAUGGCGGGUUUGUCCCACAAAAGAACAAUCUUCCAAUCCCUAUGAAGAUCUCACAGAGGAGUCAAGACAACGACACAGUUCUAUUUGAUGGUCUCAAAUUUUUGAUGAACGACUUCAUUUCAAAAUCGCCAAGUUCGAAGGAAAAGGGGAGUUCGGUCACACCCACCUUGUAG